GUGCUUGAGGUGCUUCGGGCUACUGACUUAUGACCACGCCAGGCGGGGGAAGAGUGCAUGGCUGAACAAAGCUGGCUAUGGCGGUACAGCGUUGGUGUUUGCCGCCGCCCUCGCCUGGUGAUUGCUGCUUGCGUGGUGGCGACGCUGACCUGCUCACUUGGACUGUUCCGAGUGCGGAUAAUCACUAAUCCAGACCUCAUCUGGGUACCGCCGAACAGCCUCGCGAACCGACAGAAGGAGUUCUUCGAUGACGCCUUCGACCCCUUCUUCCGCAUCAACCAGGUGUUCUUCGUAGCGGAGUCUGCCGCUGACACCGUGGGGGAAGGCCCGGACAUGAUAGCGAAACAUUACCUGCAGAGGGUCAUGAGCGUGCAGAGGGCAAUCGAAAACGCCAACUUCACUACCCCGGAUGGGGAGUCGAAGGGGUUCGAGUCUCUGUGUUUCAAGCCCAUCGAUGGUGAAGGGUGUCUGGUAGAAGGUCCCUCACAGUAUUGGCUCAACGAUCCCAUCGUCCUCGCCGGAGACGUCAGCCCUAGCCUCACGGCGGCGUGCCAGACAAGCGACCCCUUCCUCGCUUCCAGGAGCCCUUGCAUGGACCAGAUUGGAACUCCGGUGAUGAGGGGAGUUGUGUUCGGCGACAUCGGGGACAACAGCGAAGUCGUUAGCCCUGACCCCUGUGGGGGCAGCGUGCCAAGGGCGGGGGCGCUCGUGCUGACGUUCGUCCUCAAUAACUACCGGGACCCCGACUACCAGAAGCUCGCGGAGCAGUGGGAAAAGGAGGUGUUCCUGGCGGUGGUGGAAGAGGCUCGGGGCAUGCUAGCGAACGACGUACAGGCGCCCAUGAAGGUGUCGUACAUGGCUGAACGGUCGGUGUCGGACAGCCUUUCUGUGGAGGCUGGCGAGAACGCUUGGGUGCUUGUGGUGUCCUAUCUGUGCAUGUUCCUCUACGUCUCCCUCAUCUUGGGGAGCCCCUGCCACACAAUAAGAUCGAGGUAUUCGUUGGCCCUAACCGGCAUCACCAUCGUCGUGGCCAGCCUGGCGACAACUAUCGGGCUGCUCUCGCUCGCGGGGGUCGACACUACCCUCAUCGUGGUUCCGUUCUUGACUCUGGCGAUCGGGGUUGAUAACAUGGUCAUCUUGUCCAGAGAGUUUGACAGACUGGAAUCGACCCCAGAGUUCGAGGCCUGUGCGUCCGACGACCAGAAGGGCCACCACUUGAAGGGCGCCGGUCACGCCAAGGGUAUGGGCAAGGGAGAAGGGAUGGACACGACAGGUCCUACGUUCUCGUGGGCAGGUUCGGCGUCGACUUCGACAUCGACGUCCCUGUUGUCGGGGCGAGGCAGAGGGGAGGACAACAAGACGUCGGCUGAGGCCCGCCUGGAGGAACGGAUGGGGGCGGCCGUCUCAAAGGUUGCUCCUUCCAUCCUGGGUGCGGCUGUGUGUGAGGCCGUAGCGUUCUUGGUGGGGGCUCUGACUGACAUCCCUGCCCUAAGGCAGUUCUGUCUCGUCGCGGCUACCGCGGUGGUCGUCGGAUUCGCGUUGCAGAUUUCGUGGUUCAUGGCGGCACUGUGCCUUGAUUCAAGAAGAGUCGGCCAAGGACGGCUCGACUUAGCCCCGUGGAUGACGCUGCCAGAGGCAGACGACGAUAGCGAUAGGUUCUGGUACAGCUCUCCGGAGAGCGGGUCCGUGCGAGAUCUGACCGUCCCUCUGCUGGGGUUCCAGUCCCCGGCGGCGACGGCCGCGGCAGCGGUGGGACAGUGGCGGAGACGGAGGACGGGACACCGCCUGUCGUCCCCUCUCGCCUCCCGGCACAGGUCUGCGGAGGGGCGCACGUCUCCCACGAAAACAGGGGACACGGACUGGCUGUCCCCGUAUUACACCUCCACCAAGAGGCAACCGGCAGAAGAAGAGGCCCCGCGGUCUGCUGCGACGGCGCGGGGGGGGUAUGCUCGAAGCGAAGGCGGCGGCGGCGGCGGCGGCGGCGGCGGCGGCGGCCUCUACGAUAGCGAUGACGACAGCGUUACCGGCCGCGAACACCUCUUGUCCGUCGCCUCCGAGAUUGGGUCCGGCAGCGAAGCUAACCCCGCGCUUCUCUUCGGGACACCCACCCGGCGAGCUGUCUCGACCUCAGGGAGGGGUAGCAGAGCAGCGGCUAUCGCCAGAAGAAGAACGACGGGUUGCGAUGGUAACGGUCGGGGUGUAGUAGAUUCUGCGGGGAAAAGGGGAUGGACGUGGGAUCGCGGGGCGCGGCGCGGGUGGUUCGACGACCCGAGCGAUUACUGCGACAACACGGCGGGGGAGCGGGACUCGAUACGGACGACGAUGACGACGUUGCCGACUUUGGCGCGCGAGGUUUCCGCCUCCCUUGGGGAGGCGAGUCCGUCGAUGUCGACCAUCGACGACGCCAGCACCACGUUGUCGAACAGCGGGCAAGCAAACGGUAGCGACAGCUGCGACAACGGUGCAGGCAAUAGCACCGACAACAAAGGCCGCACUAGCAAAACCAACGGCAACGGCAGCAGCAUCACUAUCAACAACAGCAAGCCCACGAGCGGCAUCGACAGGGGACACGCCAGCCGCAGCAGGAGCGUCAGCCCCUCUCGGCAAACGCACGGGGACGGUGAGGCGGUAGCGCCGUUCCUCCUCGGAGGAAACGUGGUAGAAGGGUACGUCUCUCUACCGUCCAACCAGCCCCCCCACCGUGGCUCGGGCGACGAUCGGGGUGGGAGGGGGGCGGGUUUGCUGCUGGCGGGGCCCCCGCCGGAAGACAAUGAAGAGGGGUUCGUCGGAGAUGGUCUGCCUUUCGAAAGCGCAGGGGGCGCGGGUUUGUCUAAUUUCCGGGAGCAGCUGUACGAGGAGGGGAGGGGCAAGGGCGCCUUGGCGUCAAGGUUCAUAGAGCGGUAUUACCUGCCGGCCCUGUUCUCGAGAGGAGGGAAGACCCUCACACUGGCCGUCGCUGCUGCUCUUGCGUGUCUGGGGUGCUUGGGUAUGCGCGGACUGCAGAUGGGGCUGGAGCCGCAGCUCGCGGCGCCCACGGACUUUUACCUUCAGGACUACUACGACGCUCAGUUCUCCAUGGGGGAGGCGGGACCACCUGCAUACGUGGUGUUCAGCGAUUUGGAUUAUUUCCAAGCCUUCAAUGACACCGACGUUCAGCAAGCCUUCCGCGGUGUGGCGACCGGCCUCGCACAGCUACAACGGCGAUUGCCGUAUGUGCAAACACCGAUAUACUCGUGGUUCGAUACCAUGGUGGCUUGGGUCAACCAAAAGGACACCCUGGCCGCUGACUGCCCGGCGCAGACUCAAAUAACGGACGAGGCCUCGUUCUACGACAUGGUGGAGCUGUUCCUGUCGAUUCCGAUCGAGAGCCAGUGCUGCCAGUCUUACGGUGCAUGUGGAGCGCAGUUCGACACCGAUGUAUCCUUCGACGACGGGGGAGAAGACGGUGUUCGAAGGAUCAUCGCCUCCCGCCUUCGGUUCAACAUGCAGCCGCUCAGGACUCAACGAGACUUCGUAAACUCGCACUACUACGUUAACUUCGUCACCAAUCAGCUCGCGGACAAGAUCCCGGAGAGGUACAAGGGCCAGAGAAAGGCCAACGAGGCUGUGGGAAACCUCGCCUUCCCGUACAGCCUGUACUUUACCUUUUACGAGCAGUACGACUUCAUUCAGGGCGUGGCUCUGCAGAACGUCGCGCUAGCCCUUGCCGUGGUGUUCUUAUCCAUUGCGGUUCUGUCCGGUUUCGCCAUCGCGACCAUGGUGUCUUCCCUCGUGCUCGGUACAACUCUCGGCAUUGUCGGAUUGGUGUGGGCGUGGGGAAUGGUGUCCUUGGCACCAUACGCCGUAUCGAUCAACGCCGUCUCUGUCUGUAACCUGGUGAUGUCACUGGGGCUAUCUGUGGAAUUCUGCUUGCACGUGGCCAUGGCCUUUCAACGCGCAUUGGGAACGAGGCAAGAGCGAGCGGAGGCGGCGAUGAAGAGCGCGGGCGCCUCCGUGCUGACGGGAAUCACGCUCACCAAGCUCGUCGGUGUCAGUGUUCUAGCUAUUGCUCCCUCCCUCCUCUUCCGAGUUUAUUACUUCCGGAUGUACAUGGCAACCGUGGCAGUAGGAGCCUUCCAGGGACUCGCGGUGCUUCCCGUGCUCCUGUCCAUGUGCGGGCCGAAGGGUACCCCUCCUCCGGUCGUUCGCCUCCCCAGACUGAACUCCUGGACACAGGACCAAGAAGACGGUUGGGGCGAGAUGCACGAUGACGACGACGCCCACUUCCCUUCGCCAAGCCACCAAGCCGACGACCAAGCCGGCGUGCACGGGGACAGCGGGGGUUACUACGAGUUGGGAGGCGGCAGGACGCCCAGGGGAGGAGGUGCCCUAGGCUGGAACCGGGAGCAGCGCUGCCACGGAGGCAUAGGAGAUGCCUGGGGGGGUGGUGACGCAGAGGAACGGUUUUUGCGAGAUAAUGGGGUCGCUGCUCUGUAUCAAGCCGAGGAAGAAACGAAGGAAAGAGGUUCCAUCCCGUCGGCGUAAGUCGCGCCGAACUGGUCGGUCUUGCAUAUUCAACGAAAUUGAUGCAGGCCGUAAAUACUAGGUAGGAAUCGUAAAUAAAUACGUAGGAGUAGAUGAGCGAUUAUUAGGAACGACUUAAAACAGCAUUGGCUUGUUAAAGGAACGAGAUGUCGUCACGAAGGGUAUCCCCGUGUUUUGCCCUGAGCAGUUUGGGUUGUCCGCCCGGAGCGACGAUCGGCUGCGGGCCCGUCGCUUCGACUAUAACAAGGACAUGAGAGGUCACCAAUUACCUCGAACGGUGUGUAGGACUGCAUAUCUGUGCGCGAUCCAUGUGAUGCAUUCCUCGACGACUACCUCUACCAUGGUGAUGCGAAGAGUGGUUACCCAAAACACGGGUGCUCGGUUGGCCCGGAGAAAACACGGCGCCGGUAGAGAGCCAGCUGUACCUCGCUCCAAGACUUGAGCGAUUUGGAACUGAGUUCGGCCUAGAACUAUCGUGUUGUAGGUUCAUGUCCACUUGGGGACUUUUAGUUGCCUGUCAGGUGGUGCCCGUCGCGUUGGUGAUACUGAUUGUGAUUUUUGUCUCGCGUAAGUGUUGUGAUGUGCGCAACGUGUUGAUGUGCCGACUUGUACUGUGAGGCUUGCUUGUGAUCCGUAGGUAACUUGUGCGAGAGAGGCUGAUGCGGCGGAGCACGCGAAUUUCGUGUUAUGAGAGUAUCCCAAGCCGCUGCUGCCCUCGGACCUCGCGAUGGGCUUGGUGAUUCCGGAGGGCAUCUCAACGUUGGCCUUGUGCCUCUUUGCGGAGGUGCUCACGAGCUUGUGAUGGAAGAUCUUCCCGGUUUCCGGGCUACAGCCGUCGAAAGCACCACAGUCUAUCCACGCCAGAGUUGUGCGACCGCCUCUUCCAAUUGAGAAAGAGAUCUUGUGCGUGUUUGACUU